AUGCAAAAACCAUUUCGUGAACAUGAAGGAGAAUUGUUUCAGGAAGAAACCGCAACUGAACCCAUUAAUAUCAAUAAUGAUAUUAGCAAUAGUGUAACAAAUAAUAAUCAUGAACAAAUGGAUGACAUUGAAGCAAACGAUGAAAAAUAUCUUUGCCGCUUUUUCCAACGUGGCAUUUGUCGUUAUAGUGAAGGCUCACCACUCCUUGCCGCUUUUUUGUUAAAGGCUAUUGUCGCUAUGGUGAAGAUUGUAAAUUUGCACAUUAAGGUGAAAAAAGAUUUCAUCAAAGCAAUCGCAUUAUUGUCGAUGCGUCCUCUUAAUGUUAACCCAUCUUCAAAUUUGAUGGUUACAGAAUUGUAG